GGCGGUUGUGGCGGUAGUUGUGGGGAAGGCGGGUGCGUGAAGGGGUCUGAAGGCUGCUCGGUAACUCGAGACAUUUCCCUGUUCCGCCCGGGGCCCCGGGCCAAGCCGUUCGGGAAGGGGCCAGGAGAAUGUGUGUGUGUCCUGGGCCCAGGCGGAUCGCAAUUCCAGUCCGAAGCUCCAGGCUGCCAUUGUUGUCUGAUGCCAUGCCAGCACCAGCUCAUCUGUUUCCAUUGAUCCGUAACUGUGAGAUGAGCAGAAUAGGCAGUACUGUGUGUUACUGCCACCAUAAACAUCUGUGUUGCUUAUCAUCUCAUUUUGCUCACAGUCACUUCAGAUACGCACCUCAGAAGAAAUUUGCAGCACUUUAUAGGCCAAAGGAGAACUUUAAUCACUUUAUUCAUGCAAAGGAUUAUGCUUCCACACCACAGAGAUUUUACCUCACUCCUCCACAGGUCAACAGCAUUCUGAAGGCAAAUGAGUACAGUUUCAAAGUCCCAGAAUUUGAUGGUAAAAAUGUAAGUUCUGUUCUUGGCUUUGAUAGCAACCAGUUGCCUGCUAAUGCUCCAAUAGAAGACAGGAGGAGUGCUGCCACUUGUUUACAAACAAGAGGGAUGCUUCUGGGCGUAUUUGAUGGCCAUGCAGGGUGUGCCUGUGCUCAAGCUGUCAGUGAAAGACUGUUUUAUUACAUUGCUGUCUCUUUGUUACCUCAUGAGACUCUACUUGAAAUAGAAGAUGCUGUGGAAAGUGGCAGAGCUCUGUUGCCCAUUUUACAGUGGCACAAGCAUCCCAAUGAUUACUUUAGCAAAGAAGCUUCCAAGCUUUACUUCAAUAGUCUAAGAACUUACUGGCAGGAGCUGAUUGAUCUCAACAGUGGAGAGACUACUGAUGUGAAAGAAGCUUUAAUUAAUGCUUUUAAGAGGCUUGAUAAUGAUAUUUCUUUGGAAGCUCAAGUAGGAGAUUCAAAUUCUUUUCUCAACUACCUAGUACUACGAGUAGCAUUUUCUGGUGCAACUGCCUGCGUGGCCCAUGUGGAUGGUGUUGACUUGCAUAUUGCAAACACAGGUGACAGUAGGGCAAUGCUUGGGGUUCAGGAAGAAGAUGGAUCUUGGUCUGCAGUUAAUUUAUCCUAUGACCACAAUGCACAAAACAAAAAUGAAGUAGAGCGUGUGAAAACGGAACAUCCAAAGUCUGAAGAGAAAAAUCUUGUGAAACAGGAUCGUCUCUUAGGUCUCCUGAUGCCUUUCAGAGCUUUUGGUGAUGUGAAGUUUAAAUGGAGCAUUGAACUACAGAAGAGAGUAAUAGAAUCAGGCCCAGAUCAGCUGAAUGAAAAUGAAUAUACGAAAUUUAUUCCUCCAAACUUUCACACUCCUCCAUACCUUACAGCUGAGCCAGAAGUCAUAUAUCACAGAUUACGGCCACAGGAUAAGUUUCUGGUUUUGGCCACAGAUGGGCUGUGGGAGACUAUGCACAGGCAAGAUGUGGCUAGAAUUGUUGGGGAGUACCUCACUGGUGUUCACCAUCAACAACCAAUAGCUGUUGGUGGCUAUAAGGUAACUCUGGGACAAAUGCAUGGUCUCUUAACAGAAAGGAGAGCGAGAAUCUCUUCAGAGUUUGAAGAUCAGAAUGCAGCGACUCACCUGAUACGUCAUGCAGUGGGUCACAAUGAGUUUGGCACUGUGGAUCAUGAGCGACUGUCCAAGAUGCUGAGUCUGCCAGAAGAGCUGGCUCGAAUGUAUAGAGAUGACAUUACAAUUAUUGUGGUGCAGUUCAACUCGCAUGUUACAGGUGCAUGUCAAGAUGAGGAACUGCGAGUUUAAGCUAGGAACUAGUUACCAAAGUUGUAACAAUGGCCAGUAUGACCAGCUAAUAAAGAACAACCACCCAACAAAAAAACCUCCCAAAACCCUCAGCAAACAAGUUUGUUGCUUGUUAGAUUCAGCAAAUCUAUUGUUUCUGCCUUCCCCUAGAGCUCUAAAUACAUGGGAAAUGCUAUUGACCCAAUAAAAACUUGAAGAUGAUGUCACAGCUUGUAAAAAAGUUUUUGUAAUAACUUUGCACUAUUGAUUUUAUGAAUGCUGCUAGAAUAAUGUCUUGAAUUUGCUAGGCUUGGAUGAGGGAUGAAAGGAGGAUAAAGAAUUAACUAUCAAAGAUCUGGCUGUUCAAGAAAGAAAAGCCUGGUUAUACAUAUCUGCAAGUAUCUACACAUAAUCUUAAAGAAAAGAUGAGUGUUCUUUUUUUUUAAAAAAAAGUUAUUCUUACAGGGCUAAUUCUUGCAAAGUAGAUAUGGUUAUUUGUGAAUAUGCUGUCUGCUGUUUCUUCUAAGCAAAAGAUUACUUUAACCAAGUAGGUCUUCAGUGUAACAAAGUUGUCUCACAAUGUCUUUCACUUAAGGAUAAUUGUGUAGUGUUGACUUUCAGGUUUAAGCCAUAAUCAAUACCUGAGAUUCUGUUAGAGCUUAAUUGUAUCUUAUGCAUGGUAGCUUCUAAACUUGUGCAAUAAUAGUUAGCUGGCUGUCGGCUUCUGCACAAGUUGUAGGGCAAUAAUACAUUACAACAUGCAGUAAGAUAAUAGAUAAUUCUGUGGAAGUCUCAGUUUGCAAUAUGAAGGGAUUUUCAGGCUUCUCAGAAAGUCAGUGUUGUUGGUCAAGACUGUUGGCUUCCCUACAGUUCAUGGCCUUCAUGGACUCCGCACUGUCUGGUGUUACUUACCUAGUAAUUGAAUUUUCAUCUGAAAAGAUCAGGAAGUCAUUGCUAACCUCUGUGGCUUUGUAGUUUGCACUCAUUUCCCCUUUGGCUAUUUCAAAUGCUCAGAUUUAAUGUCUUGCACUUGAACUAAUAUUUGUAAGUCAGGUUAAAAAAAUGUGUGCAUGUUUAGUGGCUUUUGCUAGCAGCUUCUUUAUUAGCAGCUCUAUUUCUGGGCAGCUGGUGUAUGCAUGUUCUUAAGUCUAGAAUGCUAUCACAAGAGCAGUUUCUGAAAUGGGUCUCCCUAGCUUGUAAUGGUUAAAUUUGAACUUAAAAGACUGGCUAUAACUUGUGUGCCUAAAGUUGUUGGGCUUGUAACUGUAAAAAGUAGGGACAGCAACUAAUUUAGCAGUUACAAUUACAGCUAUUCUAGGUUGGUUGCAUUGUAUAGAGAUUUGUUUUAACCUGCCCUAAGGUUUACAUCUAAAAUGCUGGCUGAGCUACCAGCCCUUGAUGACUGGCAGAGCACAUGUAGUGUGAUUCCUGUAGUCUGGAGAACUGUAGAUCAGCUUAUUUCAGUUUACAAAGGUGUUUCUGUUAAAAUACCUGUCUAGCUAUCAUCAGAGCUAAUCAACACCUCGGAGAUCUAGGUUGCUCUGGUUAGUUGAGUAAUGUGGCAUUUUCUGCUGCGUACAGAUAUUGCCAAUUAAUGCUACUGUUACAUAGGGCACAGUCUGAGCAAUCAACCUAUGUUAUAGUAAACAUUGGCUCCUCAAGACUCUCAAAUGCUAUGUGUACUUAGUGGCCUGCAGCUUUAACUUGUCUGUUUCUUUUGUCAGCCUCAAACAUCAGGAACAAUGUUGCUGUAAGCUUAAUAUAUCUAAGCUCACAUUCAAGAUGUGCACAACCCUUCUUUAUUUGAAGGGAAAAGGGGAACUCUGAAAUGCUAGACGAGUACUGGCUGUUGACUUUGCUUCUGUAUGUUGUGUUUUGGUGACUGUGUCAUUAGCUAGGUCAUAGACUUUGUUCUGUCAUUCAAAAGCAGUAUGUAUCUAAACUGUUGCAGUAUUUAACUUUCUUACUUUUUUACUGUUAAAGCUCUGUUACAUGUAUUAGUGUAUUUAACCUGUGAUUGUUAAUACGGAUUUGGUACAAGUCAUUGGUAGAAGAAAUGAACACUGGUCCCAUGGAUACAACUUUUAUUAAGGCAAAGCUGCUUUUUGUAGUAAAGAUACAUAUGUAUGGAGUUGUAAAAAUAUUUAUGUAUUGCUUGGAGACUUGCUCAGUAUGUAUGCAGUGAACAGAAGCAGCAUAACUGCCUGAUCAACAGGUGAUCUGAACAAACACCUAACAGAUUUCAAUAAAAUGAUCAAUUACGCAGAAA